UUAUUCGUGACACCAUCACCCACUGUUGAUGAGCGCAUCAGAAUAACGUCGUUCAUGGUCAUGAAUUCAUUUCAUCAAAUUCGCCCAUUCACCCAAUCCUUCGAUUUUAUUCGUGACACCCGUUGAGCGCAUGGUGAAACGUAAUUCAUGGGGAAACGAGGCCUAACAACCGGAGGAGUCCAACCUGGGCUAAAUACAAGCGUUGACAAUGGAUUCUAUUACCGGUGACAUGGCCUCCACCGACCAAGUCUUGGGCCGUUGGUCGGCCGGUGUACGAUCUGCACUGGUCGGGCUGGCGGUGUUCCUCUUGGCAUGGUUUCUCAUGUUCCUCCGUCGACCAAGGAACCUCCCUCCAGGGCCCAGGGGCUGGCCAGUCCUGGGCUGCCUGCCGCAGAUGGCACGGGCGGUUCUCAUCGACAAGCAGGUCCCGCACGAGUUCCUGUCGAAGCUGUCUGGAAGAUACGGGGAUGUCAUGAGUCUCUAUUUAGCUGGGAAGCUGGUUGUGGUGAUCAGCAAGAACACCACCAUGCGGGAAGCGUUUGGACAGCAACAGCUGAGCAGCAGGCCCGAGUUUCACGUCGCCAAGGUGGAGUUCCCGGGAAGAGGCGUCUUCGCUGCAUCCGGCACAAUGUGGUUAGAGCUUCGCAGGUUCUCUUUGACAGUCUUGAGAGGACUAGGCGUUGGGAAGUUAAGUUUUGAGGAGAACAUCUCCACGGAGGCAAAGUACCUCACUGAUAGUCUAAGGGAGGAUCAUGGAGCUCCUAUUGACCCCACACACCCACUCAAUAACGCACUCUCCAACGUCAUCUGCACCGUUGUCUUCGGCAAGCGGUUCGAGUACAGCGACGAGAUGUUCAAGAAUCUCUUGAGGCACACCUCGAGCGUCACGCACGAUGCGGGACCGGGAUUAUUCGUCGAGAUUCUUCCGGCUGCCUUCGCCAAGCUCCAGGUCUUUCCCUUCGUGAGGACCUACAUCCAAGCCAUCAGAAACUUCUACAGUCAUAUCAGUGCCUUGAUCAAAGAGCACGAGGAGACCUGCGAUACGGAGGAACCGAGGGACUUCAUCGACGAGUUUGUCAAGGCGUGCAAGACACGAGAGAAGCAAGGCGUGGCAUCGGUGGGGCUGACGCCCGUCAACCUGCUACGGUCGGUCGGGGACCUGUUCAUCGCCGGUACGGAGACUUCUGCCACCACUCUUCGAUGGGGUUUGCUCUACAUGAUGGCCUACCCGGAGAUACAGACUCGCAUCCAGCAGGAGUUGGAUGCCGUGACCGGUCGCAAUCGACUACCCGUCCUGUCAGAUAAGGCUUACCUGUCUUACACUGAGGCAACUAUCUGCGAGAUACAGCGAAUAUCCACCAUCUUGCCGCUGUCAGCACCGCAUUACUGCGCAGAGAAAACUACAAUCAGUGGAUACAACAUUCCAAAGGGCACCUUUGUCCUGGCCAAUCUCUGGCACAGCCAUUUUGACCCCUCGGUGUGGGCGGAGCCGAGGGAGUUCCGCCCGGAGCGAUUUCUGGACGAAGACGGCAAGCUUCGACACCGAGACGAAUUCAUCCCAUUCGGGAACGGUCGUCGAGUAUGCCUGGGGGAGAAUCUGGCCAAGAUGGAGCUCUUCAUCUUCUUCACUCACCUCCUGCAUCACUUCACCUUUAAGAAGCCUAGGCAUGCCCCUCCCAUAUCGUUCAAGGGUGAUCUCGGAGUCACCUGGGCGCCUGCGGACUAUACCAUGUGUGCUAUUGCGCGGGAGUAAACUUGGGCCUCGAUUAUUCUCCAAUUUUCUGAUACAUUAAGUUGUAUACGAAAACAAAACAAGCGGGACUAACAUGGGCGGGAUCACGUCAUCCGGUAAAAAGUUCUAUUCAUUUACACACCCAUUUUCACCGGUUGCGAUGAGUUACAAUUCAGCACUCCAGACUGAAGAACCAUUGAGUUUUAAGUAAACAGGUCUGGGAACAAGACAACUAACUCCCGGACGUACGUCCGCGCUGAUAAGACAGCUUCUAGGAUUGUCACAUCCGGGAACCAAGAAUAAUGUUCGUUUACAUUUUGUUCAGUGUUUAAACAUAUUCAAUGAACAAUAUAGAUUAAAGGGAAAUGGAAUCCAUUGAUGUUAUAAUUAUAUACCAUACCAAAAACUUGUUUUUCUAACAUUUAAAUUGGUAAGACAAAAUGUUAGCUAAAGAUUAAAAUUGGAUAUGGCAAUUUUUUACUUACAGUGCAAGAAAACUAACUCUGACGUAGUUUAAUAAAUUUUAAUAAACUGAAUUACAGAGGUAAUGUUUGUAUUUGAAGACCAUUUUGCCGAGAUCGAAACCGCAGGCGUUUGUUACUAUUACAAUUUAUGGAAUACAAGUCACCCUAUUCGGUGAAAUAAAACUCAAAAGGUUAUUUCUAUUGCUAAGUAUUUCUAUUGAUAAGUAUUUCUAUUGAUAAGUAAUGAUCAACAUCAUGAAUUGUUAAAAUUGUGCUUCACUCUUGGGCUUAUGAUGACAAACACAAAACAAGCACAAUUUGAACCUGAAAAGCAAUCUGAAACUGUGAAUUGCUAUAUAAGUUUUUUUUCAUGACCAUCACAUCAAAAAGUUUUGCUCAUCUAACAUUCUAAACGCGGGACAUAUAAAAUCGUUUCGCCGAUAAGCCUAGGCCCUAUUCUGAAAAUAUUUAAUUAAACAGGUUGAUUUAAAAAAAAAAAUUAUUCCUAACUUAUUUUCUUCGUUUACUGGCAUUCCAGUUUUCUGUGGCCGAUAUCAGUGUUUGUGUCACCCUGGAUCUAUGUUUUGCCCAGCGGAAGGAUAUCUGAAGGAAAUCGUGAAAAUUGCAUUUCACGUCAAUUAUUAUUCUUCACACACAAAAUUAGACCCUUUUUGAAUAAUUAUCAUUAAGGCCUAAGCAACAUUUGCACGAAAACAUAGAUCCGCAAUAAUGUAAUAAAAAGUCUGAAGUAUUAUCAA